AUGCCAACGCCCACAGAGGAACUGGAGCGAAUGAGUGCAAAAAUAUGGGAACUUUUUGGCGAGAACGUGCGCUAUGCAGCGCCUGGAUGUACAUCGGCCUCGUUCCCCGACACAUUCAAAGUGUUGCGCGCGCUGGAGCAGGGAGCUCCGAACGAUGCCGACACAGCUGGCAUCACCGGGGAUGCAUCCAACCCGACGGUGCCGCCGAGCAUAGGCACCAUAAUGAUGGCACAUGUCCUGCUCCUGCUCAUGCGGUCGCAAGCACCUCACACACUCCCUUUGCCUAUGAUCAAAAGCUACAGCGAUAAUUGGUGGAAGCAAGAGGGUCAGGACCAGGUCCGUGCUGGUGUCGAGAAGCCAGCGACUCGGAAUCCGCUCGUUCAACAGCUGGGGAUCGAUGCAUCGGAUCUCGAGCAGACCGGCGAUGCACUGGCUACACGCGCCGUCUACGGCCUCGUUGCUAAGAAGAUCCUGCGUAUUCAGCGGGCGGGCGGUGCUGCCAAUGUGCGCUUUGCCUAG